GCUCAAUAAUUCACUUUAUUGUUACCUACUUUGCGAAGUUCAAUUUUUUCCACUUCGGAAAGGCUGAAUGAUUAGUUGCGCUUUAAAAAAUGGUGAAGCAAUUUUGCACGAAAAUUAACAGAAAAACGUGAUUCGCAGUUAUUAGGAGGUAUGUACUAGCCCCCCGAAUUAUUUUGCAAACAUUUUUUUUAAAAAAUUCGUGACACUGUUUUAUUCCCCUUUGGCUUUUUUUUUUUUUUUUUCCUUUAUUCUUUUUAUCAUUCCUGCGUGUGUUAUUUUUAUGUGUUAAUAGUCACGUUAAAAGAGAGAAUCUUUUUGCGCUCCUUUAAUUGACUUUUUUUCCUUUACAAUUUCGCAAUUUUUUUUUUGGAGGGCGACGAUUUGGUAGCUCUUCCCCGUUUGAUGAUAUAGCAUAUUGCUAGGGAAUCCCGGAUAGGGAAAGACACUUUGGGAAUGGGCCCCCUGCUAAGUUGACUCUACCAAGGGGACUCUACCAAGGGGACUCUACCAAGGGGACUCUACCAAGGGGACUCUGCCAAGUGUACUCAUCCAACUUGAACCGCGCAUUGUGAACCGCGUAGCCGAACGACCGGAGGCCAAAAUGACGAGAGGCAACCAGCGCGAAGUGGACAGAAUCAGGUCAUCCAAACGAAAUGACAAGGCAAAACAAAACAGCACCGUUAAAGAUGCCUCGAAGAACUUGAACGUGAUUUGUAAGUUAUGUAGACACUCCUUUAUGUGUACAGUUAACCCGUCCAUCCUGAAGGAACACCAUGAGAAGAAGCACGCGAAGCAUGCGUACGAAGAUUGCUUCUGA